CGUUUGAGAACCAAACGCUUUUUCAUAAGAACCGCAGGAUUAGGAAUCGGAGGGAAGGGUGAGACCGUGAGAGCAGAGAACAAGCAGAAGGGAGGCGCAGGCCUUCUCCCUUUCAUGAAUUGUAACGCCAACAAAUGCCCAACGGCUCCAACUAAUUUCUCUCCCUCCCCCCAACAACUCUGAGAAUCCAUGUUGCAGGCUCUCCUCUCCCCCACGCACAUGGCGGUUCCCGCCUCACGUGCCCACACAAGGGGCCUCCGUCUCUAUCGUCCACCACUUCUUCUCCCGGCACCUCAGCCUCCUAGCAAUUGUCGCUCCCCACGACUCCGAUCAGUCCCCGCCGUGAGGAGCGCCAGUGGACUCGCUUUUGAUUUCAAAGGCGGAAAAGGAAUGAGUGGGUUCCUUGAUGUUGAGCUCAAAGUCCGGGAUUAUGAAUUGGAUCAAUAUGGUGUUGUAAACAAUGCUGUUUAUGCAAGUUAUUGUCAACAUGGUCAAACAGGUUCCAGGAAGUCAAGUCACAUCCAAGCCAAGAGUCCAAGUUUACAUACUUCCCAGAGCUUGGUAGUUGGUAAAGACAGAGUUGCAUCGAGGCACUUUGGAGAAGGUCGGCAUGAGCUUCUGGAAAAGAUUGGUGUCAAUGCUGAUGCUGUUGCUCGCACUGGUGAUGCAUUAGCACUUUCAGAGCUGACACUCAAAUUCCUUGCACCUCUGAGAAGUGGAGACAGGUUUGUGGUGAAGGUGAGGGUCUCUGAUUCCUCAGCUGCCCGCUUAUACUUUGAACACUUCAUCUUCAAGCUCCCAAAUGAAGAGCCCAUCUUGGAAGCUAGGGCCACAGCAGUAUGUCUCGACAAAAACUACCGUCCCGUUCGAAUACCAACAGAGAUAAGAUCUAAAUUGGUUCAAUUCCUACGACAUGAGGAAUCCCAUUAAGUUCUCUAUCUCAAAUGUGAAAGAACAAAUCAACAUUACAGUCGCUAAAUUACCUUUGCCACAACAUAGUACAUCUGUAGCAUGGUUCACUUCAUUUCAUAUAUUUUUUGUACCAUUUCAUAGAUCUUUCUGACUUGUUCAGAUCCUGAAUUUUUUAUUUUUUUUUUGGUCGCAGUCAAUUUUGUUAUACAUUAAAUUUGAUUAAUUUCCAUUAGUAGCAUGUGAUUGAAGUA